AUGCAGGUCAUGUGUCAAUACGGUCUUCGUGUGUUAGGUGUACUUGACGAAACGAGAAGGACUGCCUUGACCAACGACUCUUCGCCAUUGCUAGCUCCAGCAGACGAGGGCGAAGGCGGAUUGGUGAGCGUUGUGAGAGUAAAGGAUUGCGCGAGGAUUGUAAUCCCUAGUGAAGGGAAACAAGCUUUGACCUUGAGUUUGGCAGACUUGAUCAAGCUCGUUGAGAGCGAAGAAGCAGCAGGAAAAGAGAGAGGGGAAGAGCGCAUGCCGAGUGAGUGUAUAUUCCAGCUUUACCAUGCUGAUCCACCAGUCCAUACUUUACCUCCCACAACCACCCUGAUCUAUGCUUGUCAUCUCAUCCUGGCCACCUCUUCGUCGAGAGUUUUCGUUCGUACCGAUUCCACCCCUUCUCCUCUCCUCUCGCCUACCACCGAGCCAUCAAUAUUACCCAUACCCCCGGCUCAACUAUCUCCUCACUGUGUAUUGUCAAUUGUGGAUGUGUUCAGAUGUCUUGUAGCGGUUUACACGUAA